CUGACGACGCUGGCGGCGACGCGGAACAAGCUCGAGAAGCUGCCGCAGGAGCUCUUCAACCUCGCGCACCUGGAGGUGCUCAAGCUCUCGGGCAACCGCAUCCGCCACCUCCCCGAGGACGUCGACGAGCUCGGCGAGCUCAAAACCCUGACGCUCACGAACAACCGCCUGUCGGCGCUGCCGACGACGCUACGAUCGUUGGCCAAGCUCUCGACGCUCGCGCUCGCGGGCAACGCGUUCACGGAGCAUCCG